UAUACUGUGAAUAUAUUAGUUUGGCAAUAAAGAUGGAAUGAAAGUGAAGGGACAGCUAAAUUACAAAUAGCUGCUUACUUUUUGCAGUAAAAGUUUGUUAUAAUUCUCUCCUCGGGGGUUCACGACGUAACAUUAUAUAACGAAGGUGACCCACUAUGCAGGCAUGCAGCACUACUACAACUUCUCUGUUGAUAUAAUACGAUUUCCUCGCGGUGAUAAACGAAUACCAUAGCAAUCGCGCAUUGGUCGUUGCAUGAGAAAACGAAGGCCUUCUCAAUGACGAGGAUGAAGAUAUUAUCGACACUUGUCCUGUUCGUGGGUAUACUGUUGAACUCUGCGGCAGGUUUGCCAGGCAGCAAGCAGCAGUUCACCUCCCUGCUGUACGAGAUAACCAAGAUGAUGCAAGAUCCAGUCGAGCAUGUCGGGAGUUGCGGUUUAGGCUGCUGCGUGGAGAUCGACCGAGACUCGGCGGGUACAGAGACCCGUCUGUUGCAGCUCGACGAGAGAGUUACUUCCCCAGACGACCCUUGUCAAAUAUAUACAUGCACAUCCUCAGGGCUCUCGCAGAUGAAAGUAGAAUGUGUCAACAGCCUGUGUUCAGACGGGUCUCUUCCCAUCCAGUAUCCCGGGAGCUGUUGUGAGCAGUGUGGACAGCAGGCGAGAGUCAGGCGUCUCAGCAGCAUCGGGGACUCAUCCGAUUUUUUGAACUGCAGUGGAAACCUGACAGAGCUGCGGCCAUGUGACCUCGGAAGUUGCCCAGUUGCUUGUGAGUGGACUACGGUAGAGAGUGGAGACUGUCUUCCUGACUGUGGAGGAGGAGUGAGGCACCGAUACUAUGUCAUUACACAGGAGCCAAAGUUUGGCGGAGAGGAUUGUCCUCCAUUCGUUUAUGCUAACAUCACUGAAGAUAUAGAUUGCUGCCGGAACUGUGAGUGGAGGCCAGUGCAGACAGGAGAGUGUGUACCAAACUGUGGCGGAGGAGGAGUGAUAGAAAGGCACUACAUAAUCACCCAGGAGGCAGCUGGCAGAGGAACAGAGUGUCCUGACUUUGUUAGAGAUAAUGUGACUCAAGUUAUAGAAUGCUGUGAGAACUGUGAAUAUGAGUAUCGGUUUGGAGAGUGCUCAAAGUCCUGUGAAGGGGGAGUGAGAGUGAGGUAUCCAGUCGUCACAAACCCUGCAAAAGGAGAAGACGGGUUCUGCCCUGACUUUGUCCUCAACAACGUGACUGCAAGAGAGGUGUGCAACAACGAGCUUUGCGUGAAAUUUGCAGAUGAUUUGAAAGGGUUCUAUGUCAAAAUUAUCUGUGCCCACGCCCAAGACAACUGUCCACGUGUAUACAACCCAGAUCAGAAAGAUGUAGACAGGGAUGGAAUUGGCGACGCAUGUGACCCAUGCAAUUUGACAGGUCCCAACGGUAUAGUUGACAGAGAUCGUGACGGUGUUGACGACAUUUGUGACAACUGCCCCCAAUUUGCUAAUCCGAAGCAGGAAAAUGGAGAUAAUGAUGCUACAGGCGAUGCCUGUGAUCCAGACAAUGACAAUGAUGGGAUAAUUGACUCACAAGACAAUUGCCCAAAAUAUCCCAACUCUGAUCAAAGAGACUCUGACAGAGAUCGUGUGGGCGAUGCAUGCGACAAUUGUAUCUAUAAGUUUAACGACAAUCAAGCCGACAAGGACGAGGAUGAUGUUGGAAAUGCCUGCGACAACUGCCGAUUUGUUCCAAACCUCGACCAGAAUGACUCAGACAAUGACGGCGUUGGAGAUGCAUGCGAAAGUAUAACCCAGAGCAACUACAACCGAAUGGAAGAUGACAACAAACUGACUCCAGAAGAGAAAGGGGUUCUGACACAGAGUUUAGUGGGAGUUGUGCUUCUAGUCUUUGAAGUGGUCCUCCCCUUGCCAGGAUUCUUGGGUGUUUCACUCGGCAAGACACUCAGCACAUCUCUGCUCCAAGAAAUCGCCAAUGUUGUGAUGCGAGAUCAAGUCCAGGACGUUGGGAGUUGCGGUAGUGGUUGCUGCGUGGAAAUCGACCGAGACGACGGGGCGACACAGACAAGUUUGCUGCACCUCGACGAGAGCGUUACGCCCGCGGACGACCCUUGCCAGAUAUACACAUGCACCGUUUCAGGUCUUGUGAAAAAGUCUGUCGGGUGUGAAAAUACGACGUGUGUAACUGGAGUUGCACCGGCCUCGGUACCCGGUACUUGCUGUCAAAAGUGUGUUGACGGCGAAAGAGAGGAGGGAGGGUGCGAUUUCACGGAGUGGACACCGUACGGUCCGUGUAGCGUGACGUGUGGUGUCGGACAGCGGGCGAGAGUGAGGAGUGUUAGGGGCAUCACCGACGCUGUGGACGAUCUCAAAUGCACGGGGAAUCUGACGCAAGUGGAACGCUGCGAUGCUGGACCUUGUACAGAGUCAUGUGAGUGGCACACAGUCGAGACUGGAGAGUGUGUUCCUAACUGUGGAGGAGGACAGAAGAGAGAGUACUAUGUCAUUACACAACGGCCCGCAAAUGGAGGAGAAGACUGCCCUCCUUUUGUGUACAGAAACGAUUCUGUGAAAGACUGUUGCCAAAAUUGUGUGUGGGAGAAGAAAUGCGAGGACUGUACAGCAACUUGUGGCACUGCAACGAGGCAAUGUACUCCAUCCAUCAUAAAGCAAGCACUAAACGGAGGGGAGAGAUGCCCUGAAAUUACUCCAGAGAGCAUUGACUGCCCGGAUCUUCCAAAAUGUCCCCGACUGGCUCAGCCCAGCAGUAUUACUCUGCUCAACGAGGUUGCAAAGAUGAUGUGGGAUCCAGUAGAGGACCUCGGGAGUUGCGGUAGCGGGUGUUGUAUCGAAAUCGAGACAGAAGGCGGAACUACGCAUUCGCGUUUGCUGGACCUCGACAAGACGUUUAUUCCAGAGAGCGAUCCUUGCCAAAUGUACAUAUGCACCGAGUCGGGACUCCAUAAGGAGCCGAUAAACUGUGAUCCGACUGCAACAUGCGACAGUGGUGCUGCGCCGGUCGUCUUUCCGGGCAUUUGCUGCCCUCGGUGUGCUGACGGCGAAAGAGAGGAGGGAGGGUGCGAUUUCACAGAGUGGAGUGACUACGGUCCGUGCAGCGUGACCUGUGGUGUCGGACAGCGGGCGAGAGUGAGGAGUGUUAAAAACGUCGUGGAUCAGGUGGAUUUUCUGAAUUGCACUGGUGCUCUGUCAGAAGUAAAAACCUGCGAUGCCGGACCUUGUAUUGCAUGCGAGUUUGAAGGCUGUGAAUGGAAUGGGACGAGGCUAUGCAUUGAUCCUAAUGAUGAUCCAGACGAAGACUGUGUGGAAACUAAUAUGGACAACUGUCCACGUGUAUACAACCCAGAUCAGAAAGAUGUAGACAGGGAUGGAAUUGGCGACGCAUGUGACCCAUGCAACUUGACAGGUCCCAACGGUAUAGUUGACAGAGAUCGUGACGGUGUUGAAGACAUUUGUGACAACUGCCCCCAAUUUGCUAAUCCGAACCAGGAAAAUGGAGAUAAUGAUGCUACAGGCGAUGCCUGUGAUCCAGACAAUGACAAUGAUGGGAUAAUUGACGUAUUAGACAACUGCCAGUAUGUUUCAAACCCUGAUCAAAGAGAUUCAGAUCGUGACGGUGUGGGAGAUGCUUGCGAGACUGAAACUCAAAAUGCUUACAAGCAAUUAGGAGGAGGAGGGGUUGGCAGAGACAUCACAGCAGAGAAAAAGAGUCUCUUACUCCAGAUGAUGGAGAAGAUGAUGCAGUUGUACUAUAGCAACUAAUGAUAGCCACAAAAAUUAAUUACUGCAUUCAAAAUCGCAUUCUUCUGCUCAAUAAUUAUGUGUACUUCCAUUUUAGCUAUCCCAAUGAAAAGCACUACA